AACAGUAGCACCACUACCGGUCCCGAUGAUAAAGAAACGUGGGUGCACACAAAAGGCUUGCCUGAAGGCCUGCCAGGCUGCAAAACCCAACAAGAAAGUCCUGAAGGCAUCGUGCCCCGAGGCCGACAUGUGCCGCUGCUCGUACGAAGACGACUGCACAGAAGACAUAUGCCGUGAGUACUGUAAAAAAGCACUGCCGAAUGGAAAGCUUAAAACUUCCAUGUGCAUAAACAACUACUGUUACUGCAAUAAAACAGAAGAAAGCAUGAAGAGGUCCGAAAUGGAAUGCAACUACAAAGCGUGUUUGAAUGAGUGCAAACAUAAAGGUCCUCAUAAAGUACUUCUGCAAGCCAGAUGCAACAGUCACAAUGAAUGCGACUGCGUGUACGAAGAGGAUGAAGAUGCUCGCAGUGUUUUCGACUUCCUCAAAGUAUGGAAUUCAUUUAAGCAAAGAAAUGAGAGGUCAGAAAUGG